AAAGGACCGGGUCAUCCGAUGGCAAUAGGAACUUUUCCUUCUUUUUCAACUGUGAACUUUUACGCGGGUAAUGAACUUUCUCGUGUUUCUUGGUUAAGGAAUAAUUCAGAUUUUCUUAAUGACGUUCUAAACAGAGAUUCAACACGUUUUAUCGUUAUGCAAAAUUUGAAUCCUAUGGUUCAUGCUUCUUCUCAAAGUGAUUCAGGUGAUGGUAACCUUGCCAUGUUGAAAUGGCAAGACGUACGUGAGACUAUCAAUGAAGCAUGCGGCCAAUCAGGCAAAGAUUCAAUCAAUAUCUUUGGACCUGCUUCACAUGGACUUUCGAUCGAUCAAAAUGAAGACGCAAAGACGUUUGAUCGGGCUACACAAGGUAUGUCACCAACUUCGAUCGCAUUGGUGUUUCUAGGAAUGGACGAAACCCAUUUAGAACAAGGUUCUUUACCCGGGAAAACUGCCAAAAGCUCUUCUUCUAGUGCUCCCGCUGGAACGCCAAUCUUUGCUCUCUCUUUGAGUUACAGACCUCCAGGAACGCCAGAAGAUCAACUUGUUCCUGUUGAACGCUUGGCAGAUAAACUUACAAAGGAUGGCAAGUUUGACUUCGUUGAUACUCGAUCCCUUGCACAGGCAGGCAAAUGGCCUUUACAUAAUGCAGCAAUGGUUGCUCAAGCAAGAAGUUUGUUAGAUUGGAAUGAAAGACAACAAUUUUGUCCUUCUUGCGGAAGGAGACAAUACAGCCUUUGGGCAGGAUGGAAACGUGCUUGUGCAUCUUCAUUGAUCAAAGCAACGCAAGAUCCUUUGAAGAAAUCCUUUAUUGAGCCAUUAUUGAUCGAUGGUAAAUCACUCGAACAAGAUGGUAAAGGUGAUUGUGCAACAACGCAUUCUUUGAGUAAUUUCUGUUAUCCAAGAACGGAUCCAACGGUCAUCAUGGCAAUCGUUUCGCCUGAUGGAGAAAAGAUUCUGUUGGGUAGACAGAAGAAGUGGCCAAAAGGCUUUUACAGUUGCUUAGCGGGCUUCUUAGAACCUGCAGAGUCAUUGGAAGAAGCUGUUAGAAGAGAAAUCUUUGAAGAGUCUGGUGUUUCGGUUGGAAAGGUGAUAUAUCAUUCCAGUCAACCAUGGCCCUUCCCAGCCAAUCUGAUGAUGGGAGCGAUCGGACAAGCAAUCGAGGGAAAAGAUGAAAUCCGAUUAGACCUUGAUAACGAGCUAGAAGAUGCAAGAUUCUUUACGAGAGAAGAAGUUUUGAACGUUUUAGCAUCUUCUACAAUGAAAUGGAACGAAAAAGAUGAAGGAAGUGUGGCCAAUGUAUUAUCCGAUUCCGAAAAUAGAACUGCAAGACCCAAGUUUCGCAUUCCCGGUCAAACUGCAAUUGCUCAUGUUUUAAUUUCUGCUUGGGCAAAAGGAGAAGCGCACUUUCCCGAGAAUACAGCCAAUGAUUCCAAAGCAUAUCGAGCAGAAGUGGAAAGUACACGCG